AUGUCUGAGAAUAGCAGAAAACGUCGAGCCGACGCCUCCGAAAAGGUUUGUUGAUUAUUUUUGUUGUUGUUUUUUAAAUUUAGGUAUUGGUUUGAAAAGCUGAGAACGUGUUUUUAUAUUAUUUAUGAUAUUAAAACAUCGCGGAUGGAUUUUAAUGUUUCAAUGACGUUCUUUUGCGUAUGUUAUAUGAAUGUAGGCUUAAAAGAUGCGCAAUAGAAAAAUCUUUAAAAAUUUGUAAAGUAUUUUGGUUUUAAUUACAGUUUUAAGCAGUAUUGAACGUUUUUUAAUAUAGUCUAUGACAUUAAAGUAUUGAAAGUAGUUUUUAAUGUUUUGGUCGAGAAAUAUUAUGCAAAUUCAUAUGAAAGUAGGCUUAAAAACGCAGAAUUUACUGUCCUUUAUAAUUGAACAGAGUGAUUUAACUUUAGUUAUAAAAUUUAUAUAAAUAACAACGUUUUUCAUGAUCUUUAUUCAAAUAUUAUGAUGUAUAACCUUUUUUAGGGCAAAAAGCGUGUCAGAAUGUCUGACAAAGUUGAGAAUCUGAUGGAAACAGAGAAUGUAAAGCCGGUUGCACAACAAAAACCGAUUGGCAAUGCAAGGGCAACAAAAUCACUUAUUGUAAAAGGAGCGAGAAGUAAGAUUUUUAUUUUUUUAUUGGUUUUUAGGUGAUUUUACGACGAUCUUUGCCUUUAACCUUGGUGAAUAAGGUUUAUUAGACGAUUAUGGAUGUUUUCUACGUUUUUCAAAGGUUUUAAUGUUAGAAUAUUGGUGAUGACGCUUUAAAUUCAGUUGUUUUUUGAUGUUAUUUCAGUAAAAACGGAACAUAAGUCUAAGAAAUAAAUUUUUUGUUAAUUUUUGUUACUUCAAAGCCAUAUAUGUAAAAAUAUACGUUAUAGAAAACCUAAACGAGCCCAAUACGAGUACGUUCGAUCAGAAAUGGACCGAUUUACAAGAAGCAAUCGUGGCAAUUCAGGAAAAACGAUCAACUCGUAACUCAUUUCAAACUCUGUGCAAUAAGGUGGAAACUUUGUGUACAGAUGGCUUCUCAGAAUCCAUAUACAACAAAGUAAUUGCAUCUUUGGACAGUUUUCUCAAUCGAAGUUUGGCGGCUUUAUUGGACACUAUCAAUGGGAACGAUCAGAUGGCGUUUUUAAAAGCGGUACAGACCUUCUGGGACAACUAUUGUCAACAAUUGGUAGGGUUUCUUUGGUUUUUUAUUAAGUAUUGGUUAAAAUUUGUGUUAGUAGUUAAAAGGGCAAAAUCGUGGUUUUAUAAAUUCAAAAAAGGAAGAAAAAUAAAAAUUAUAGCUAAAUUCAAAAAAUCUUGAAAAAAAAGUAAAAAAAUGCAAAAAUGCUAUUCUUUAGUGUUACAAAACAAAAAAAGGAAAAAGCUUUAUUUCCAGUGCUUUAAAAUUCUUAAAAAAACAGUUUCCACUCAGUGUUCCUCGAACUUUUUUUAUAAUCAAGCGCACCGUUGCUUAACUUGCCAGAUCGGACGGGACCGCGCUUUCGCACUGUGCAAAGAAGACAAAUGGCCUGCACAGUGCAAAAAUAAAAUUUUUGGCAAUAACUUUGUUUACGAUGAUGUAAAAUAGUGUUUUUGAGGAUUUUUGAGUUUUGGAAAGAACUUUCUUUGCACAUUUCAAGAAAUUAUGAUUUUUUGCGAUUUUUGAAAAAAAGCGAUAAGUUUUCUUAUCUUUCUGUAAAAUACGUUGUCCCAAUCUCUAAAAUAUACAAUUUUAAUGUUUUUCAGACAGUAGUCCAAAGCAUAUUCAAUUACCUAGACCGAACUUAUGUUGUUCAAGCCAAAGCCAUCGUACCAAUAUGGGAAGCGGGGUUAAUGUCUUUCAAACAGAUUGUAAUUGACAAUUCGAAAGUGACGAAGAACCUAAUCCCGUCUAUAUUGGACAUAGUUCGACUAGAACGAGAUGGAGAUCAAAUCGACCGCGGACUUAUGAAAACUUUGAGUCGAAUGUACUUGGCUCUACGAAUUUACUUUGACGUAAGUUUUUGUGACAUUUUGGAUAGGAUAUGCUUUGAAAGUUUGAAAUUUUGGAUUUCGAAUGCAUAUUUUGUUAUGAAUUUGUGAAAAAAGCGGAAUUUUUUGUCGAUUUUAAGGAGAAAUGAUGGUUUUAAGGCGCUGUCGUAUAACAUGUCACCCGCAGCCUGCAGACCAAAAAAUGUUUUUAAACUUUUAAGAAGUUACAGAAUAAUAGCUCCAUUGACACAUAAAUGCCAACAAAAGCUAAAAUUAUUGUUAUUUUAGGUACUAGAACCGAAAAUCCUGUCAGACACCGAGGUUUACUACCAAAAAGAAAGCCAAGCAACAGUGGAACAAGGCGAUGUCGGAGAAUACCUGAGACACGUAGAAACAAGAUUGAAACAUGAAGCAGAGAGAGUGGACUUUUAUUUGGAUUACAAGUCAUUAGGACCGCUGCAGAGAAGGGUUGAUGCUUGUUUCAUCGAAAAUUAUGUGGAUGUUAUACUGAAAAGAGGUACGUGAUUAUGGGUUUUUUGGAUUUUCCAGGUUUGGAAAGAAAGUUUGGAACAGUUUUUGUUUUAAAUAGAAAGCGAAUGUUGUUUUACACAAUUAAAAAAAAAAUUUUUUUGGAUUAUUGUAAACAAAGUUAUUGCGGUUUUUUGGAAGGCUAACAAAAACUCAGAUUUUUAAAAAGUUUGUAAAGAAAGUUUUUUUUCAAAUUUUUAAAAAAUUCUUAAAAAUGUCAUUUUUGAUCAUUGUAAACAAAGUUAUUGCCAAAAAGUUAAUUUCUGCACCGUGCAGUGCCAUUUGCCUUCUUUGCACAGUGCGAAAGCGCGGUCCCAUCCGAUCUGGCAAGUUAAGCAACGGUGCGCUUGAUUAUAAAAAGUUCGAGGAACACUGGGUGGAAACAAAGUUUUUGAGGGUUUUAUGGUGCUGGAAAUAAAGUUUUUGCAUUUUUUUAGUUUGGGUUAGAUAAAUAUUGUCAUUUUUUCUGUUUUUCAGGAGCUGAAGGAUUAAUAAGCCAGAAGAAGAUGGACGAUUUGAAAUUGAUGUACGACUUGUUUGGAAGGGUCAAGGAAGGGCAUAACAGUUUGAGAACUGCGUUUACGGACUAUAUUAAGGUGGGAAAAGGGUUUUUUAAUCAUUUUUACCUUCACAUCUCUCACGAUAUCUUUCCUUACCGUAAUCAUACCUUUUUAUACUGUAUUUAUAUCUUGCUUACCGUAAUUUUACCCUGCCUUUUAAAAAACUCAUUUCAAAACUUGUAGAAGGUCGGCAAAGCUCAAGUGCUGAACACAGACAACGAAAAGACCCUGGUUCAAGACCUGAUCAACAUGAAAGCAGACAUGGAUAACAUCAUAUCACAAUGCUUCGACAACAAUCAGAAGUACAUUCAAAGCGAGAAAGACGCCUUUGACUACUUUAUCAAUCAACGUGCCAACAAACCGGCCGAACUCAUCGCCAAGUACAUGGAUUCGAAGCUUCGAUUAGGUAACAAAGAGUGCUCGGAAGACGAACUUGACCACAUCAUGGAUGAUGUCAUCGUUCUCUUCAGGUUUAUACAAGGUAAGGACAUGGGGAAGUCGAAAAAAUUAUUUUUUUGUCAUAAUUUUGUUUACAGGCUUAAAAUGGACGUUUUUUAAAACUGGAAGUCAAGUUGAAGAUUUGUAAUGUAAUUUACACUGAAAAUCUUCCACCAAACUUUCAUUUUUAAAAUGACUUAAAAACACAUUUUUAACAAUUUUUAAAAGUGGAAGUCAAGCGGAAAAUUUGUAAUGUAAUUUGCACUGAAAAUCUUCCACUAAUCUUCCACUUCGAAAAGUAUUGAAACCUCAAUUUUUGACCAUAAUAAGCAUUUUUAACAAACUUUUUGACAAAAAAAACUUUUAGGAAAGGACGUAUUCGAGGCGUUUUACAAAAAAGCAUUGGCCAAAAGGUUAUUGGCCGGAAGGAGCGCUUCAGUCGACGCCGAGAAGGCAAUGUUGUACAAAUUGAAAAAUGGUAAGGUUUUUUGGAGUUGUAUGUAGGCUUAGAAAACAUUUUAGGCUUAGUCACACAUUCUUAGACUUAGAUACACAUUUUAGGUUUAUUUACGCAUUUUUAGGCUUAGGUACACUUUUUGGGCUUAAGUGCACAUUUUUAGGCUUAGGUACACAUUUUUAGGCUUAGAUACACAUCUUAGACUUAAAUACGCAUUUUAGGCUUCGUUACGCAUUUUUAGGCUUAGGUACACAUUUUGGGCUUAUUUACACUAUAUUAGGCUUACGUACACGUUUUAGGCUUAGUUACGCAAUAUUAGGCUUAUGUACGCAUUUCUAGGCUUAGCAAGUACAGUGAAACUAAGGUGGGCAUAGAGGCGCAGAAGUAGACUUAAAAGUAUAGACAGAAGUAUGGCUAGGGAUUAAAAAUUUGUUUUUUUUCAGAGUGUGGAUCAGGCUUUACCCAAAAACUGGAAGGAAUGUUCAAAGACAUGGAGGUGUCGAAAGACCUCUCAAUAAGUUAUGUCACCUAUGUCAACCAAAAUCAUCCGGAACAAGCUCAAAUUGAGUUUGGAGUGGCCGUUCUCACGCUGGUUCAUUGGCCCACCUACCCCGUGAUGAAUGUGGUCAUACCGGAGGUGCUGAAACAACAAGAAGCCACCUUCGAGCAGUUCUACACCUCCAAACACAACGGCCGAAAGCUGCAAUGGCAACACAACCUGGCUUUUGCCAUUUUAAAAGCGACCUUCAAGCCGAAAGUGAAAAAAGAGUUGGACGUGUCGAUGUUACAAGCACUGGUUUUACUGUUAUUCAAUGACAAAUUGAAGAUUGGGUACAAGGAAAUAUUGGAAAAAACUCAAAUUGGUAAGAUCAGGGGGGGGUGUUAAUGAAAAUGGCAUUUUCGAAUGAAGAAUGACGGAAAAUGGCAUUUUCAUAAGGUUGUCCGAAUAUGGAUGAGCCAAAAUUUUAAAAGUCGGGCGCUUUGAAUAGUUCAUUCAUUUUUGGACAACACUGAUAGAAAGAAAAAUGGCAUUUUUUGUUUUGUAAAGAAAGUUCUUGCCAAUUUUAUGUUUUGUAAAGAAAGUUCUUGUCAUUUUAUGUUUUGUAAAGAAAGUUCUUGUCAUUUCAUUUUCUGUAAAGAAAGUUUUUUGCCAUUUUUUGUUUUAUAAAGAAAGUUCUUGCCAUUUUUUGUUUUGUAAAGAAAGUUUUUUCCAUUUUUUGUUUUGUAAACAAUUUCAUAUCUUUGAAAGUUUAGGUCAUAAAACAUUGUGUCGCAUUAAAUUUGUCAUUUUUUCAGAAGAAACCGAGCUAAAACGAACACUUCAAUCACUUGCCUGUGGCAAAAUGCGAGUUCUACUCAAAGAACCCAAAGGAAAAGACAUUGCCACAACUGACGAGUUCAUUUUCAAUGACAACUUCAACGACAGAUUGUACAGAAUUCGAAUCUCACAGGUUUUGCUGAAGGAAACGGUAAGAAACAUUGAUUACACAGUACAUUUUGGCUCAAAAAUUUGAAUUUUAAUUUUGGCGCCAAAUUUGACAUUCUUUUUAAGGGUUUAAGUUACAUUAAAAUUGGGUCUUAUGCUGUUGUACAUUGUUGUAAAACUUGAGGAAUCACUGUAUGGCACAUUUUGAGUUAAAAAAUUUAAAUCAUAAGUUUAGCGCCAAGUUUGGCAUUUUGUUUCAAAGUGUUAAUUUGAUGUAAAAUUGAUAUGUAUGCAGGAAAGUGAUUGUUUUACUUUGUUAUAAACAAGUUUUAACGGUUUUUUGGUAAACUGAAGGUAUGAAAAUUUAAAUUUUGAUUUUGGCGCUAACUUUGGCAUUCUGUUUCAAGUUGUUAAAUGUGUCUAAAAUGACUGAAUAUGACUUGAAAAUCAGUUUUACACUGCUCAUGGCCUUUUCAACUUGAUAUUUUUGGUUUUUGCAGGAAAAUGAGCAUCGCCAGACCGAAGAACAGGUGAACCUGGACCGACAGUACCAAAUCGACGCUGCCAUUGUUCGUAUCAUGAAAACACGAAAACUCCUAGCUCACAACCUACUCCUAACCGAACUCUACAGUCAACUCCGAUUCCCUGUCAAGCCCAUCGACCUGAAACGACGAAUCGAAACCCUAAUCGACCGUGAGUACGUGUGCCGUGACAAACAAGACGCCCAACUGUACCAUUAUGUGUCCUAG